AUGUCAGUUGUACACUAUCACAAUAUUAACGACUUACACGAAGAGCAGCUUGAGUUUCAGCAUUCUAAUGCUUUUCAUCAAAUUGAAAUUCAACUGGCUCAACCUUAUCUUUCUCAGCAUCAAAAAGAGAUUGACAUGGCUUCCGAUAUUUUGAAUCAGCCACUCACUUUCACUGAAUUUCUCACCGAUAAUAAUACCAAACUAAUAAAAAUUGAAUUUUCUGAUUCGAUCGAUUCGAUAUACACGAGAAGUUUGUCGGUCGAUAGUAAUUGUUGUUCGGAUCUCGCUGAAUUUUACAGUCAUCCUGCAAGUUUGCCAACUGGAGUUCUUACACCUAUCGCUUCUCCGAUUGAUCAAUCUCCAAUCAUAUCUUCUUGUGGAUUACCUCAAACACCACCACAAGACUAUCAUCAACUUCACACUUUUUCGCAACAUUUCCAUCAAAUUCUUUGUAAUGAAGAACAAUCUCAACAAACAAAUGAAUUCACGACAGAAUCUACCAUCACGAAUGCUAAUCGUUCCACUGUUCUUAUCCGCAUUGUACGAAACGCUUCUCACGAUCUGACAAUUUGA